CCAAUCAGCUGCAGCGUUUCUAAAGCGGCGGAAUAUUUGUAACAACAUAAGCGAAAGCUGUAUUUUUAAACAUGAGUUUUGCUAACAAAGUGGUGAUGGUGACGGGAGCAAGCUCGGGCAUCGGCGCUGCGACGGCGUUGAUGUUCGCCGAGGAGGGCGCCGACGUGGUGCUCGUUGCGCGCACGCAAGCCAAGCUCGCUGCCGUUGCCAAAAGCAUUGAGGCGCUUGGCAAGAAACCCCUCGUCAUACAAGCCGACCUGUCUAAGGAAGCUGACACCGCCACCGUCAUCCCUAAAACGAUAAAACAUUUCGGAAAACUGGAUGUGCUCGUCAACAAUGCCGGAAUGGUUUCAGAAGGAAGCCUAUUAGAUGGAAAAGUGCUCCAAGCCUACGAUGAGGUAAUGCGGACGAAUGUUCGGGCAGUCAUUCAACUGACAAGCCUGGCAGCGCCUCAUCUUGCCAAGACCGGGGGAAACGUGGUCAACAUCUCUAGCGGGGCAUCUCUACGUCCGUCUAGUAAACCAACAUUUCUUCCGUAUUACGUGUCUAAAGCAGCUUUGGAUCAUGUUACGCGUUGUGCGGCGAUGGAGUUGGCAUCUGCUGGAGUCAGAGUCAACACAGUCAACCCUGGGCCUGUGGAUAACAACUUCAACAUUAACAAUGGUCUUGGAGAUCCGAAGCUUAUACGGCAAGCGCUGAUUAAGGCCACCCUCCAAGGUUACUUAGCUACGAAUGAAGAAAUUGGAGGCGUGAUUCUGUUCCUAGCUAGCGAGAAGGCUAAGAGCGUCACUGGAUCUAACUACGUCAUCGACAAUGGCUGGACCAUGAAAAACUGAGCUGGUAUUAACAUGCUUAUACUUUAUUAACGGCCUCCUAGCCUAGUCGGUGGCAAAGGUACAAUGAUGAGUAAAAUGUGUAAAAUCUAAAACAAUUUCGUGCUUCGAAUUUGACAUCGAAACGAGAUCGCACUAUACAGCUCCAUACAUUUUGCGGUAACACUGAUUGUCCCCAAAUAAUUAUUUAUUAAAUGCACAUAGGUAUAUUAUCAAUAUAUAUUGUCUAUUGAUUAAAAGAUAAUAAAUUCUAAUCAAUAUCA